CCGAGAUGUACAGAGUGUGACAGUGGGCGAGGUUUUCUCGGGAUGAUCAGACCCCUGUUGACUGCGGUAGCUCUUUGCUUAUUAAUGAAUGAAGCUGAGCCCCAGGGUUUCACUAUCCUGACAGAAAACAGUCGGAUUAAUGUGACCGUCGGAGGAAACGCAUUAUUUUCAGUGAAGCCGUCAGCCGCGGUGAGGGCUGGAUACUGGGAUUUCAGAGGGGAAAAUGUCGGUCGGUGGAUCAGGACAACUGUUGAUUUUGUUAAUGAGUACACAACACGGGCUGAGAUCUUCCUCCCUAACGGAUCACUCCUGCUGAAGUCAGUGACAGUUUCGGACAGUGGAGAUUACACUGUUAACAUGACUCCAGUUAAUGGCAUUGAAGCAGCAGCAACCGUCUCUCUGCACGUCCUUGAACAACAUUUCUCCACCACUGAAUUAGGCAGUGGUCACAAAGCAGGCAUCGUGAUUGCUGUUCUACUUAUUCUGGGAAUGAUCGGCGGGAUAAGCGCGUGGCUGAUCAAAAAGAAAGCAUGCUGGAUGCAAGAACCAACGCGAGGGCAAAAUGCUACGAACAUUAGUCCAAUAGUAAAUAGCUGCCCUGCUGCAAGAGGGGAGAGUUCGGUAUCGGCCUACGAAAAUAUUCCAAGAAAGCAGAAGGAGCAAGCUACAAAACCACUUGAGGAAGACUCUACUUACAUGGGAUUACAAGUGCAGGAUCGGUCAGUUUACUGUGAUUUAAUGAGACGGUAACCUUCUUGCUGGCUUCCAGAGCAUUGUUGGCUCACGACUCGCUACAGCAGGAGGCCAACAAAUCCAUGAAGAUGCUGUUACAAUAGACUUCUCUCCGUGUCCUUUAUAUAUAUUUUUAAACUGCCACCAGCAUAAUGCACCAUUAAAUAUCGUUUCUCAAUCUCUAAUGAGCAAUUUCUUGCGUUCAUGAUUUCAGACUGCAUCUUAGCUCAGGUUGCCUUCCCUCCUCUUAUGUCAGUCCCAUACUGAGAUCAGUAAAGCCCUCCCUUCACAUAAUCUCUGCCAUUGAUAUA